AUGAGGUUUUUCCUCCAGUAUAUGGGCUGUUUUUUUGCUUUUUUCUCUACUGGAUUUUUGAUAGCAUCAACCUGGACAGACUGCUGGAUGGUGAAUGCUGAUGAUUCCCUGGAGGUGAGCACAAAAUGCCGUGGCCUGUGGUGGGAAUGUGUCACAAACGUUUUUGAUGGGAUCCAAACUUGCGAUGAGUAUGACUCCAUCUUUGCCGAGCACCCUGUGAAGCUGGUGCUGACACGAGCCAUGAUGAUCACAGCAGAUAUCCUGGCAGGAUUCGGAUUUCUCUUCCUUGUCCUGGGACUGGACUGUGUGAAAUUCCUUCCUGAUGAGCCACUUAUCAAGCUGCGCAUCUGCCUGGUGUCUGGAGUUACAUUGCUCAUUGCAGGUCUCCCAGGCAUUACUGGCUCGGUGUGGUACGCUGUUGAUGUCUACGUGGAGCGCUCCUCUCUGGUCUUCCACAAUGUGUUUCUGGGAAUCCAGUACAAGUUUGGCUGGUCGUGCUGGCUUGGCAUGGCAGGGUCACUCGGCUGUUUCUUAUCCGGGGCCCUGCUCACCUGCUGCAUGUAUGUUUUCAGAGAGACCAGCUCUGGAAGACUCCACUCUGCUUACUCCUUGAGGAAAGGCUAUUUCUCAGCUGGGACAAUUGUAACAAAUGUGCAUUUGCCAUCCUCUCAAACAGCUACUGCCAAAAUGUAUGCAGUGGAUACAAGAGUGUGA